AUGGGCAAUCGAAAGUCAACAUUGAAAACUUCAAACUUACGUUUGAGGAAGAAUAUCACAAAGCAGGAUUUUUUUGAUUACAUCGAUGAAAUGAACAAAUAUUUUGCUACAGUCCCUCUGGAAGGGAAUACAAGCCUGUUGUUCACACUUCAUAGAGAUUCUGAUUCAUUUGUUUCAUGGAAAGAAAACGUCUGUGUUGCUUGUUUUCAGAUAUCUUGUAAGAAAAAUAAAAAAGAAAUAAAAUGCUGCAAAUUAUUAGAUUUUGAAAGUUUCAUGAAUGCAUACGAUAUGAAAUCUAUAACAAACGUAUCUAGUACCGAUCAAUGGACAACAAGUACAAUGAUACUGGGUGAGAGUGCUUCCAAUGAAGGUCUUUGUGUUAUCUGUAUGGAACAUAAGAAUGAGAUCAUGUUGCCAUGUCUUCAUUCAUUUUGCUUAGUCUGUAUCACUCAUGAAUCAGAAUAUCGUCCUCAGUUCCGUUGUCCGUUGUGUCAAGAAAAUAUACCAAAUCCAAUCGAAGAGUCAUGGCUGGUAGCCGAUGCUCCGAUGAAAACCGAAGUUGACGAGUAUUUGGGUGAAUUAACCAAAGCAAAGCACAUGCCACAUCAUCUGUAA